AUGGACAAUCGACGCCAAUCCUCUGGUGGUCGCGGGGGUAGUGUCCCCGCCAACAACCCCAGCUUCAGCGGAGGUGCUGGCGCGAACCUCUCGGCUCUCGACUGGGCCAUUGGUCUUCGCGUUCGUGUCCUCACCAUCAUUGACGACACUUACGAAGGCACGAUUUACUCCUACGACCCGCUUACGUCUACACUUACUCUUGCGCAGAACCCCACAUCUAGUGCUCCCAACUCCCCAGCCGACUACCGAAUCCUUAAAGUCUCGUUCCUUAAGGAUGUCACGGUCCUCGGCAACCCCAACAAGCAGCAACGUAGCAACACGCCAUUCACAAACGCCGAGCCCAAGAUUGGCCCUGUCAAUUUGAAUAUGCUCGGGGGCAAGGAGAAGGACACUGCGAGGUCUGAGGCAGCGAGAGUUGCCAACAUAGGCGUUGGGGUCACCGCGGAGGCGCAGGAAAUCUAUGAUGCUUUAUCGAGGCUGAUGCCUUGCCGAUGGCACGAGAAGCAGAUUAUCGUGUCAGAGAAUGUCAUCAUUGAUGAACCCUAUACUCUCGAUAGAGUAAAGUCAUCGGACAAGAACGCCCUGAGCCGGGUUAAGAAAGUUCUCGAUGGAGAACGAAAAAAGAUUGAGACUGCGCGGAGAUCCGCUACACCAGUUUCGGGGGAGAGGAAGGGCGGUUAG